CAAAAGUUAUAUAGGAGGCUAUGCACAUACACACACACACCAAGUUUGCAUAAUAUGUUCUCUGUGCGCGGGCUUCGGUCGUGCCGUUUAAAAACAACCUGGUACACUCUGCUGCUACAGUUUCCCUUCUUUCGUUGAGGGAAGACCCUAACCAGAACAAUGACGGAUGGCAGCUACGCUGUUCAGCAUUUUGGCGUUUCGCCGAAAAGCAUUGUUGACUGUGUGUAUAAUGUCUGGUUUGACUACACUGAAAAGUGCCUCGAGACCCUCAAGACUGCACUGCAGGACAAGGCAUCAGGCCACAUUGCACCUCAUGAGCUGGAAGCAUGGGUGGAUUCUGUUUUUCGAGAAAUGGUCCCUGAAUUCAACAAAAAUGCUGAAAAAUUGGAGGAGUACAUGAAGCGCUACAUUGUGCAUGUGCCGUCGCAUGUGCUACUUCCUGAAGAUUGGGCACACCGGCUAACAUCCGAUGAGAGGAAAAUGAGCGUGUCCUUCCUAAAGGCGCAGUUUGCAUCACUGCAGAGGCAGAUUGCUCAGGAAAGUGCCCGACAGCACGCCCUUUCAGAUGAACUGGCCCGGCAAGGUGUGUUGCGGGAACAACUGAAGGUCAAGCUGCAGAACAUUGAGGAGAUGACACAGAGAGCUGCUGACAAGAACGCCACCACCAGAGUGCCAGCAGAGAGUAUUGCCUGUCUGCAUCUGGACCCAGAUGUGUUCAUGUUGCUGACAGAUGCUGAUGAUGUGUCAGGAACUUUUGCGAAAGAGAAAGCUGCACAAAAUAUCCUGUAGCUCAAUAAAACUUGCUUUUGGGCUAGUUGGUUAUUUGUCAUAUUGUAAGGUAUUUAGCGCAACCCCGACUUUCGUAAACACUCGCACAAUCACUCACACAACCACCCGAGUUACAUACACAGCUUACAGCGCUCACUACCAACUGUUUAUUGCACCGAAAAGACCUUCUUAUAUAUGUACAACAGAGUGCGCAAAGCGAACAAAGAACAAAGCUGCGCAUAUGAAAAGCCUUUAACAACAGCGCAUCUGCAACCGUGUCAGGCAAUUGUGAUGAAUAUAGCACCACCCCACAAAAAAGGAACAGGUGAGAAAAAAAUACGAAAAGCAGAGGACACCAGCUAGAAGCACUAAAUCCUUGCAUCGAGAAAAGAUAUUUCCUGUUUAUGUAUCACCAAAGACGGCUCGCUCAUUCAGAUGUUCUUAUCUUUGUCUAUAAUAUAUGCUUCCAACAGCAAACGUGCAGAUAAAUUGGAGCUUCUUCCGAGAACCUGCGUGUCUGUGAAUCCUGGUUCACAACCACAUGUGGCGGUAUGUGCCACAAGGUGUGCAUACUUGUCCUCGUUUCUCUUAAUUUUUAGCACAUGCUCCCUAAGCCGGUCAUUUAGGCAUCUCUCGGUUAUGCCGAUGUACACGUUUCCACAGGAUAAAGGGAUCAAGUAUAGAACUCCCAUGGAACAUUUGACGAAGGCUUUCUCAUGUUUUUUCCGGCAACCGUGUCUCUUGCUAUUGCAAAUGCUCGGACACAACUUGGCUAGCUUAUCUGGUGCUGUAAAGACCACAGCGACACCAUGCCUAGCAACGACCUUCUUAAGGUUAUGGGGGAGCUUGUGCAAGUACGGCAGCACUUGUGGCUUGGGACCCAAAGGAUCCCGAGCAGCUUCAUCCCUUUGUGUUCCACGUUUGAUCUUCUGGAGUAGUGACUCGGCGACCGUGUUUAUGACCGACGAAGGGAAGCCCGCCGCCGUCAAUUGGCUGAUCUGAUCAUAAAAACUAGUACGCAUGUGGUCUGGACAUGACUUAGUCAACGAAGAUUCUAGGCAAAGUGAAGUAAUUCCUCUUUUAACUAUCUUAGAGUGCGCAGAAUCAUACGGCAACAAUCCCUUUUUCACACGAGGUUGGUAAUACCAACAAAAGUGCUCACUGUUCCACAGCAGCUUGAGGUCUAAAAACUGCAGACAAGUGUCUGUGGGUACUUCGGCAGUGAAGCUAAGUCCACGUCCAUGCUCUUUGAAAACGCUUAACACUUCCUCACAAUAAAUACGCUCUACUUCAUAUAAGGCAUCCUUACUACACAUACUUGUUGAGGUACAAUCAGACUGUUGAAAAUUUAAAAUGUUAUCGGGGGGGUGUAUAGGGCGCCCGUUUUCGUAAAAGAUUUAAGAAGUCGUCAACAUAUCUAAAAAUCUUUAAAACCUUCCCCCCACUUAAAAAGUUAUCCAAUGUCCUAUCUACGUCAGAUAAAAAAGAACGCACAGAACUGGGGCGACACCGGAUCUUAUACAGAUUCCUUGUCGUUGUAGAUAGGGCUUGUCCUGAAAGGUAAUAAAUGUGACGUUAAGAUAAAAUUCUAAAAGCACUAGAAAGUUGUCAACGGACACGCUCACAUCGUUCAUAAAAAAAACGUCACCGUUAUCUUCUAAGCACUUUUGGACAGACUCUAAAAGCUUAUUGUGAGGAACAGAACAGAACAAGUCUUCAACAUCUACCGAAAAAGCAAAGAAAAUCUGCUGGUUAGACCGAAAGAAAUCACCAACAUCACUGGAGCUCUUGGUGCGGAAAGGAUCAUUCACAUAAAGAGUCUUUAGUUUGCUUAAAAGGAACUUUAUGUUCCCCAGCCAUGAACCCCUUUCACUAACGAUGGUUCUGAAAGGUAUGUCCACUUUGUGGGUUUUCGCAGAAAAAAAACACAUUCAAGUUGAUGCUUUUGCUGCUUGCUAGGGUGCUAGCUAGCGUUGGUAAACCUACUUUUCUACAGAACGCGGCAAAUUUUGAUUUUACGCGCACAGCACUCCUUUUAGCAGGCCGGAAAUAUUUGUCAAUAGUGCUAAUCGCCUUCUCAUUGUAUAAACCCUGAGGCAUAACAACAAAACCGCCCUCCUUGUCAUCUUGUACUAACAUCAAAUUCUGCCUCUUAAAAAAUGACACCACCCUAUUCAAUCUUCUGCUGCAGCUACUAUCCGGAACUUGGGCUGUACAUUUGGUGAUGCAGUCCAUACCAUCUAGUAGGCAUCUUUUUGAUCCUGGUUGGCCUUGGCUGAGAGAUCCCUGAUCAGGCCAACCAGGUCAUGGGCAAAAACCCUUAGUGUACACGCGUACUUUUGUCCCUUUCGUAGUAGCUUUUCAAUGUCUUCAGGCAGCACUGCACCCCCGAGAACAAUGAUGUCCUGACUUCUUUCCAUUCUUCAUUUUCUUUGAAGCCUUAGUAGUGGGGUCAGCUCGCCCCUCCCACUUGAUUCAGUUAAGUGAGUUACAUGACGCUUGAUUUUCCUGAGUUUAUAAGCGGCAAUUUGUUCCGGGCAUUCACACUGAUGGAUCAAACAUAGCCAGUCAUAAAACAGCCUUACUUGGCGCCACAAUUCCGCUUUAAGAAUUUUCAGCACUCUUUUGACGUGUCCUCAAGAAGGUUUCACACACCCAAACAAGGCACUUACUUCUUCUGGAGUGAUAGCUUUCCUGAUGCAAAAUGCGUAAGUCCUUGCUCUGCAUGCGCACUCUGUUGUACGUAUAUAAGAAGGUCUUUUGCGGUGCAAAAACAGUUGGUAGUGAGCGCUGUAAGCUGUGUGUGUUACUCAGGUGGUUGUGUGAGUGAUUGUGUGAGUGUUUGCGCAAGUCGAGGUUGCGCUAAAUACCUUACAAUAUAUCCUCUAACUGUCCCAUGCAUGCAUCAUUACCGAUCAACUGAAUUAUUAAAGCAAAGUUUUCGAU